AUGUCCUUCAUCAAAUUUCAAACUUCCGAUGGAGUCGUGUUCAACGUAGAUUCCAAGUCGGCCAAAUGCUUCGGAACGAUCAAAACCAUGCUGGAGGACAUCGCCGUCGGUGAGGACGACGUCAUACCGCUUCCGAAUGUGACGGCGCCGAUCUUGGAGAAAGUCAUUCAAUGGGUUGAUCAUCACAAGGACGAUCCGCUUCUGGAGUACGAUGACGAAUUCGAACGAAAGAGGACGGACAACAUCAGCGGAUGGGAUAUGGAAUAUUUGAAGGUGGACCAAAGGAUUUUGGUAGAUUUGAUGCUGGCAGCCAACUAUCUGGACAUUAGUGGAUUGAUCGCUGUAACCUGCAAGACGGUGGCCAAUAUGAUUAAGAAUAAAACGGUGGAAGAGAUUAGAUCAACGUUCAACAUCAAGAAUGAUUUCCCAGGGGGGGCAGAGCAACAGCUCCGCCUGGAGAAUGAAUAUGUCGAGGAGAGAAAAUAA